AUAUGGAAAUGAAAAUUACAUUGCUCCACUCUGGAGUGACCAUGAUAAUGUUGGUUUAGGCAUAUACUUGUAUCAGCAGUACAACAGUGGAAGUGUCCUCACUCGCGCCACUCAGGAUAUAAACCAGUAUUUCCCUGGAAGCAGCUUCACUGCUUCUUGGGUCUUUGUUGAAACUUGGGACUACAAUAUGUGCUUACAUUUGAUAUUAAUCAAUUUAAUCGUCAUGCAGCCCUGGUAAAUGGUUUCUUUCUUUCUUUCUUUUUUCAGGCAAAAGAUUGAAGGCUGUAUAAAUUGUAAAUCAUGAUUUUUUUUUUUUUUUCAUUUCAGGCAAUCACAUUUCAAGCAGUUUUAAUUUCAGGUGGUGGUUUUUCUUUCAUUCUGAUGAAUUAUGGUGACUGUGCUGGGGAGGUCUUUCCAGCUGGGGCUGGAUUCGACACAAUAGGCUCCACUGACUACUAUCAAAUUCAUUAUGAUCCAAAUAAUGGCUACUCAAACCCAAUCCUCAAGACCUUGACUAAUGUAGGCAUUCCGGGUCCUUGGGCCUUUCUUGUGAACAACGGAUCAGAAACUGUCAUAGGAGUUCAAAUGAAACUUCAGUCAUUUUCAGACCUAACACAGAGUGGAAACAUUGAGGUUGUUUUGCAUCAAAUAAAACAAGAGCUGGUCAAUCGUGGACUGUCAAAUAGCGUCGAGAUGAAGUUAAGGAAAGUCAAAAAGAUGCAGCCUUAACAUCAGACUCAUGAAAAGGAGUUAAAACGAUGAACAUCACUGCUGUUAAAAAUGUUGACGCCAUUGAAAAUAGAGGAAUGUCACUCCACAGGAAGGAAACCUUUACAUCUUUCGCCCUUCAACUUUCUUGCAUAUAUAACACACACAAUGAUGUCAAAAAUAAGUACACUAAUCGUAUAUGUUCCAUCUCUAUUCUAUGCUGAUUUAGCUUGAAUAAUCAUUGAUCCAAUUUUUUUUUUUCUGAUCAUGCUUUUGUAUUAUCAGAUCUCUUUAACAGUUGUAGGGGUUUAAGUCUAAUAAAACUGAUCUGUAGUAUGUGAACAAUGAAAUUAAACAUGUUCCUCAACUGCAACUCUGUUUACUAGAAACACUUAUGUAAGACGACAAAUACUUGACCCAGUUUUGAACUCUUUCCUGUAACUUUUA